UCAAGUGCGGCGUACUCGGGCGGUUUUCCGCGCGGUCAGCGGGGGAGGAUGGAGAGUGAGGAGGCGUUGUGUGCCGGAGGCGCCGGCGGCGCGCUGCCGCCGGCCUCCAGCGGGCCCGGCCGGCCCUCACCGGCCCUCAGCUCCGACACCGAGCUGGAGACAGAGGCGCACCACAGCUCCGAGGAGGAGCUCGAGGGCUUCAACUGCCGCGAGCGAGAGAAACGCAAAUGGUGCCAGGUGAAGCGCACGUCUCGCGACUCGAGCUGCAGCUCGGACGAGGAGAUGGCCCCGCCCGCCGAACCCACCUCGCCGGCGCCCGUCCAGUUCCGCUCGUCGCCGCCGGCGGGCGCGCACCGGCCGGGACGCACCAGCCCGCCGCCGCGUCGGGCGGCCGCUGCGCCGCCCCCGCCCCCGCCCCCGCCACCCACCACGCCGUCCACCCGCGGCAGGAAGCGGCGACGCGGUCUGGGCCCGCUCGGGGCGCAGCGGCCCUGUCUCGACUUUGAGAAGAUGCAACAGGAGGGCAUGCGAUCGGUCACCACCUGGCGGCCAUCGGCCGAACUAUCGCUGUUCUGCUGGUGAGCCAGCGGCCAGUGCACCUGACGGCGCCCCGCCAGCCCUGACGUCUGGCGGGGACGAACAAAACCACUACUGUACCUAACUCCCGCGGCGCGGCGCGCGCGGCGGGACAGCGAGCGACGAACGGACGGUCUAAACGGCGCAGCAUGGACGCUGGAAUCAGGGAUGUGUGGUCUUAGCGCGGAGCAGUGACGAUGCGAGUGCGUCCCGGCGCGCCGGGACGGUUUCAGCACCACUCCGUGCUCGCUUUUGCCAAGUAUAUAGACGCCUGACGGUGGCGACCGGCGCUAGUUUUGUACCUCACCGAGCCGCACGAGAAGUGUGAGAGACUGAGUGAGAGCGAGUGAGAGUGGGUGAGCGUGUACCGCACUGGCGGCGCGCGCGAGCGUCGUGACUUCUGACUGUCUGUGGGCGCGCCGGUACCGCGCGCCGUUCGUUCUUGUGUUUGUGACGUGUUGUAGUGGAGUGUGUGGUGGCGUUUUGGCGUCGCAAAGCUCGGCGAGCCGGCCGCAGCGCACUCUUAGCUGUGCUUACGAGCCGCAGGGAGGAUAGCCCGGGCCACAUGCCACGAGGACCUACGCUUUUCGACGGCGGAUCGUUUUUUGGAUGCUGAAAUACACGUUAGCAAUGUCAA